AUGGCGCCCGACCAGCCUUGGCACGGCUUGGAGACCCCCUGCGACGACUCGGAUCAGGCGCUCUUCGCCGCCGCCGCCCGGGUCACCAUCGGCAAUGGGCGCACGGCCGUCUUUUGGGACUCUACUUGGCUGGGCGCCUCUCCGCUCCGUUUUGCCUUCCCCGCCCUCUACGCCCUCUCCCGCCGGAAGCAACGUUCGGUGGCUCAGGCGCUUUCGGGGAAUCAAUGGGUACACGACCUUCGGCCGUCCAUCGAGCCCACUGUGCUUACGGAGUUUAUCAGCGCUUGGACGUUGAUCGCGAACACCCCUCCGCUUCGUCCUGAUGUUCCGGACUCUAUCCGUUGGGCACUCACCGACAAUGGCACCUAUUCCUCCAAGUCCACCUACCUGCUCCAUUUCCUCGGUAGAAUCAGCGCCCCGCUCUCUUCGCCUGGCUCCUCUCGCUAA